AUGAAGCCCCUAACCCCUCAGCAGCGCAAGAUGAGCAGUGCGAAUGUAAAAGACGUGGAUGACUACUUCUCCGUAAGGCUAAGUCUCUUUACAGUUUUUAAAGGUCGGCAUGGGAGUGGUGUCCGGGGGAGGAGGCGGCGUGGUCAUGGGCGGACGGAGCGCGCCGUCGCCCCGGGGGAAGCGGCCUCCUCCCCGCCGGGUGAGGAAGCUAACGGAGCUAACCCCCCUAACGCCGCUAACGAAGCUAACGAAGCUAACGAAGCUGACUCCUCAAACGCCGCUAGCCCCGCCAACCCCGCUGACGCAGCUGACGCUGCUAACGGGGGGGACAAGACGGCGUUGCUGCGCAAAAUGAGGAGGCUGGAAAAAUUCAAGUACCUCCAGAGGAAGAGGAAGAAGAAGCACCUGAUGAGCGUUUCGGCUGAUGGAAAGGAAAGAGUCCUCCCUGGAAGGCGGGACUCAAAGAGGAGAGUGCCCCCCGUUAAGUCGAAAGGAGCUACCGCCAGAGUGCGAGCAGGUUUAACGAGCGGUGUAGACUACAAGUUGAAUCGCAAAAGGAGAGAAGCUUCAGAUGGUAAGGACGGUAAGUACGGCAAGUACGCAGAUGAGGAGAAAAUCCCGAGGGACGAAUUUGAAGCCAUUUGCUACCUUCUCAUGGACAGGGAGUUUUAUGGCCACCCGGUCAGCAUCCCCUGUGGAGGCCUUGACAGGAGAGGAAGCCACAGUGCCAAUCAGCGCAGUGACGACUGUAUGAACCGCUUUAACCAUUUGGGGGAGGGCUUGGGGAAACCCGCACGCGUAAAAAAGGACGCGCGGAAAAGUUGCGGUGAUAGGAUUGCCGAGGAUCUGGCGCAGAUGGUGCGCGCGUCCGACAGGAGCGGUUCCGCGGCGGGGGGGAAGAGGAAAACAGCGAAGAGGGAGAUGGCGGACAGAGAGACGGGGGAAGGAGAACCGUUUUGUGAAAAGCCAGUGGGGGGCAAUUGCCCGUCCAGUGGGGGAGAGCCCCCCGCGGGUGCCGCUGCUAAGGGGGAGAGUAGCAGUGGUGGUCAUUCGGAUAGCCACUCGGAUGGCCACUCUGAUCACUCCCCGACGAUGCCCAGAAACAGAAAAUCCGAGGCGAUACGAAACCACCUGCACACGAUCAAUCGCACGCUCAGCUACCCUAUUAGGCACUCCCAGCUGAGCCCAGACACCUACCUAUUCUUUCUCAUCCAGCAUAGGGAGAAAAAGCACCGGACGUUUUACGCCUAUUGUAGGGUGUUCUCCCGCACGGGUGUCCUUAAACAAGGGCUUCAAAUUAAAAAGCUUUUUCAUCUCGGGAGGAAGGCAAGGAUUCAGGACAUCAUCACCUCCGCGUUGAGGAAGAAAAUUGCCUAUGUGGAUGAUGACAGUUGUGGCAGGGGCACUUCCCACCAGGGGAUCAUUUCCUUUUUGCAGGAAAACUGUGUGUACCGUGAUUUGUUGUGUUUGUACCGUUUACCGCGAAAGGGAGGAUUCCCCAUUGGGGGGGGGAGCCUAGAAAAUGCUCGCAGUGGAGCCUCCCCCCCGCGUAGUGCCAAACGACACGGCCAGUUGAUAUGCCCCAUAGAAGGAGGACCCCCUCCCCACCGCAGACGAAGUGACGCCUUCUACCAAUCGAUGAAGCGGUGCAGUCGCAUUGAACGUUACGUACGCUCGGUGAGGAAAAUUUAUUUUGGAUGGGGAUCUCCAGUGGGGAAUUACGUCCAUGCGGGGGACCACCGCGAAGUGAAGGAGGGAAACGCUAAAGGGGGACGUCACUGCGGCCUCACCUGGGGGGAGACCCCAAUCCGGGAACAGCAAGGAAAGCACAACAGUUGUGUUUCCUUUGGUGAGGCCAACUUGGGGGAAAAAAGAAAAAAAAAAAUUAUGACCAGUCAGGUGAAACGAUUGCGGAGGAAGGUGCGCCGGUACGAAGGGGAGUUGUUUUGCGCGGGGGGAAGGGCCAGUCAUGAGUGUGCGCAGCCUGGUCAUCCCCGUCGCCCUCGUCAUCCUGGUUACCCCCUUGAGGAGUGCACGCCGAAGCGGAGCCGCGUCGCGGCAACCCUGAGGCGAAUAUCAGAAAUGUACGCCCAGUGGAAGACGAAGGAGGAGAGGCACAUCGCCGGGUUUCUUUUUUUCCACUUUUUUUUUUUUAACAAACGGUGCGUGUAUUACGGAGACAAGAGGGUGGGGGGCAAUGAGGUGGGAAGAAAUGAAGUGGGACGCGAUGAGGUGGGGCGCGAUCGGGUGGGAAGCGAUCUCGGGGAGUCCUGCCCGUCCAGCUGCCCCCCCGAUGAGCGAAGCAGCUGGUUUUUCAACUCGUUCGACUACGUGGGCGAGGCGGGCGGCGCCAGCUCGGUCGCGCGGGCCUUCCUGAAAAGGGUGAAGCGGCAGCGGGGGGGAGCGGCACCCCAGGGGGAAGCGGCACCCGAGGGGGAAGCGGCACAGUAUGGGGAGGAAGCACCGCGGGGCGUAUCACCCCAGAACGCAUCACCCCAGAACGCAUCUCCGCACAACGCAUCACCGCCCAGGAAGGAGAAACGGCGAAACGACAUAUUCGAGCACAUGAACCGGUACGCGAGCCGCAUCAGCAAAAACAUCCACCUGGCGAACAGAAGCAGACACGAUGAUUACCCGUUUGACUUCUCCCUUCAGAAAGGGGAGGGGGGGUGGCAUGACUCAAUCGACACCGCUCCAGCGAUGGAGGAAAUAAAAACGAUCACCACCAUUUUGAACACACCAGUGAUUAAGCUAAGUGAGGCGGAAAAGAAGUGCCUGUGGAAGUUCCGCCUGCAGCUGGUAAACAGGGAGGAAGCUUUGGGGAAGUUUCUUAAAAGCGUUAACUGGGAUGACCAGCAAGAGAAGGAAGAAGCCACGGAAUUGCUAAACUGUUGGUCGAAGCCCUGCCUAGAAAACUGCCUCGAACUUCUGAAUGGCCAUCUACAUCGCGCAGUAAUUAAGAAAUACGUGAUGCAAAUAAUUGAGCAGGCGAAGAAGGAUCAACUGAAGUUAUAUUUGUUCCAACUGGUUCAGAGCCUACGAGUGUUUAAUCACGAGCCGAUUGACAGUCUCUUCAUGGAUACCCUAAUUAACAAAUGCAUCACCUCGAAGAAGCUCUCCAUUUUCCUCCACUGGUUUUUGCUAAGUGAGACCAAAGACAAGUGCAAAGGGAAUCUGUACAUUCACAUUCACAAGCUCUUCAUUACCAAGCUGAUGACAUCCAAUUUGAGGAAGAAGAAAAAAAUUCUAUCUAUUUUGAAAAACCAAAAUCGCUUCAGGAAUCAGCUGCUGUACCUUACCAAAAUUGCCAAGAGGAAGUCGGAGCGCAUUCAUAACAAGACGAAGAAGCUGCGGCAGUUCCUCUUUUGCUACCGCCAGAACUACGGCUGCGUGGUGAUUAAGGAUUUCAUAAAGAACAACAUCUUCUUGUCCGACAGCGAGGUCUACGACUUUGCCUCUCCGCAGCCGCGCCCCGGCGCGCCGCCCGGGGGGGGGGAAGCGGGAGAGGAAGCAGGGGGAGAGGAAGAAGGGGGAGAAGUGGAGGGGGAAGAAGGAGGAGAAGUGGAAGCGGAAGAAGCAGAAGCGGAGGGGGAAACCGCCUAUCCCGCCGCCAAUCUCGCCAGUCCCGCCAAUCCCGACGUGCGUAACUCCGUGUACUACCUGAACGGCGAGCUGAGCAUCCGCGCGGACCCCGCGGCGGACGCCUACUGCUUCCAGUACGAGCCCCGGGGGGCGCACUUCUCGCAGGGGGCGGCCCCGCCCGCACAGAGAUCCACCUCGGACGUCAGCACGGAGGACAGCAAAACGGUCAACUACAUAGACGACUCCAGGGGGGCCCCGAUCGAGAGAAACAGAGACACCUCCUUCUUCUCCAACCUUUUGCAGCUGAAUGACAAUUUCGAUUUCUUCCUGAGCGCAACGUACAGCGACGAGGACAACCACAUUGACAUUUUGGAUGACUCCAUAAGCCUCGUGAGGAAGCAGAAGAUUAAGAAAAUACGAGCCCCGCUCAUUCUUCCCAUCGAUCCAGACAUCGAAUUUCUGAGCUUCCUACCUGAACAGUCAUACGUUUUGAGAUCCUCUCUCUACCCAAUUGUAAUAGCUUGCCUGGUCAGAAAAAAAAUUAAAUUGGCCCAUGAGCACUUCCACAAUUUGAUAAUCAACGAGCAGAAGUAUUUAAAAAAAAAUGUAAAAAAAAAAAAAAACUACUCCAUGUAUCAUGAGGUGAACUCCAAGUUUUUGAAAUCCCUCUACAGCUCCUUCGACUGUGCUUCUGAUUUUGAGCGGCACUACAGGAAGGUCAAAUGGGAGGGCAAGAAUAUUUUCUACAAUGGAAGGAAGGUGGAGAGGGUGGGCCUGCAGAAUUGGGGCCCCCGUGACGGGGAGGAGUCCGCAAAGGUGGCCCCCACAGAGGUAGCUCCUUCAAAUGCCGCUUCCGCAAAGGGCGCUUCCGCAGAGGCCGCCCCCCCCAGCGCGGGAGUGGUGAUCCACCACGAGUCCGAAACGAACCCGCAGAGCAAGCAGCGCGUGAAGAAGUACAACGAAAUUUACGAGCUCUCCAUAAAAAGGUACAUUUACAAAGCGGGAGAUGACCUGAGGCAAGACCACCUAGUCAUACAGAUAAUCUGCAUCAUCGAUAACAUAUGGAAGCGAUACGGACUGGAUUUGAAGUUAACUCUUUACAAAGUCCUCGCCCUCUCCACAGAUGAUGGGUUCAUCGAAUUCGUCAAUUACGCAGAAUCUAUAUCUUCAAUUAAAAAGAAUUAUAAAGGAGAGAUUAGGCAGUACUUCAUAGAAAUGAGUACCGAUUCGAAGUCCCCUCUCGGAUUUGAUGCCAUUAUUUUGGACAAUUUCAUCUCCAGCUGUGCAGGCUACAGUGUCAUCACGUACCUCCUUGGCAUAGGGGAUCGCCACUUGGACAAUCUCAUGGUUUCACGAGAUGGCUGUUUUUUCCACAUCGAUUUUGGGUACAUAUUUGGGGAAGACCCCAAGCCGUUUUCCCCCCCCAUGAAAUUGUGCAAAGAGAUGAUAGAAGCCAUGGGGGGGGCUCACAGUGUGGGCUAUGAACAAUUUUUGAAGAAGUGCUGUUUGGCAUAUAAAUACCUGCGCUACCACUCCAAGUUAAUCAUUAGCCUGCUCGACUGCAUGUGCGAGUCCGGGCUGAAGGACAUGAAAAUGAGCCCCGAGUUGUGCGUGCUCAAGGUUCAGGAAAAGUUCCGGCUGGACUUAAACGACGAGGCCGCGGAGGUGUACUUCCUGAGCGUCAUCAACGCCUCCGUCAAGACGCUCUUCCCCGUCGUGGUGGACAAGCUGCACGAGUGGGCCCUCAACUGGAAGUGAUCGCGGCGGAGCGGCGGGGAGCGGCGGGGAGCGACAGGGAGCGGCAGGAAGCGGCAAAGAAGCGGCAAGGAAGCGGCUAAACAGCAGCUGGGGGAAGUGCCGAAAUGCCCCCAAUUUUCUCACGCGGAAAGCAGCUCACCUUUCUGCUGCAACGGCUUACCCCCUUGUGUACGCGCCACCGACGUGUGCUCCCCUUUUUUUGUCAUUUUGCAGUGCCCUUGCCCCUGCGGUUUUGCCCCAUUUGGCCGCCGCACCGCGAUGCCAC